UCGAUUAGAUUAACCACCCUGAAGCCCAUUCAGCACAAGGCCCAUCUGAGCCCAUUCCCCAUUCCCCCAAACCCUCACCCUCCUCCGCCGGCAUCGAACCGCCGGAGCGGCCGCGCCACCAUGCACCACCUCCUCCCUCCUCGCGGCUGCCUGCUCCGAUGCCUGUCCACGGCCGCCGAGACCGCCGCAGCCUCGCCCCAUCCACCGCGGCGCCCGCUGGCCGAUUCACUCUACCGCCGCGUCACUGCCGUAUGGAACCCGCGCCUCCCGCUGACUCCCGUGCUGGAGCAAUGGGCGGUCACGGAGGGCCGGGCCGUCGAGAAGAACAACCUCAUGUGCAUCGUCAAGAAGCCCGUCCGCAUCCGCCGCUUAUCCCACGCGCUCGAGCUUUCAAUGUGGAUGACCGACCGGCGGUACAUGUACCUGUCGCCUGGCGACGUCGCGUACCGGCUGGAGCUGAUCAGCAAGGUGCAGGGCCCCGAGAGUGCCGUGAACUACUGGAAGGGCUUGUCGAUCCAGGUGAAGAACUCUCAUUGCUACGGCUCCCUCCUGAAAUGCUAUGCGGAGGCAAAGUCCGUAGACGAGGCCGAAAAGCUCUUCGCGGAGAUGCAGGACUUGGGAAUGAUGAGAUCAUAUCCUUACAAUGUGAUGAUGAAGCUUUACUGGGAGACCGGGCAGGUUGAGAGGGUGCACGCCAUGUACAGGACCAUGGAAGAGAGCGGCAUCAAGCCUGAUGUCUUCAGUAUCAACAUUCUGUUGACGGUGCUCGCAGCUGCUGGGAAUUUUGAUGGCAUUGAGGAAAUUAUCAAGAAGGUCGACCCGAAGAUCGUGAAUUGGCACUCACAUGCCAUUGUAGCCAGGGCCUUCAUGGAAGCCGGGCAGCAAGGAAAGGCCUUGCGAGCUAUCCAGGAAUCAGAAAAGCAGAUAGGUCGGAAGGAUGAGAGGGUUGCAUAUGGGUUCUUGCUUUCCAUGUUUGCUGAUUUGGGAAUGAGUAGUGAGGCGGACCGGGUUUGGAAUGUCUACAAGUCCAAAGUGCCGGCAUGCAACUCGAUGUACAUGUGCAGGAUAACUGCGCUGCUUAAGAUGAAUGACAUUGAUGGUGCUGAGAAAGCCUUUGGAGAGUGGGAAAGUAGGUAUGUUCACCAUGAUAUCCACUUAACAAACUUACUGCUAAAUGCUUACUGUGCCAAAGGUCUUAUGGAGAAGGCAGAAGCUCUCCUGGAUGAAGCCAUCGCCAAAGGGAGGACACCUCACCGUAGUACUUGGUAUAGUUUGGCUAGUGGAUUUUUCCAGGACGGCCAGGUGUCGAAGGCGGUGGAUAUGACAAGGAAAGCUCUUGCUUGUGCGUCUUCUCGAUGGGAACCUGACCUAACAAAUGUGCUAAUGAGCCUGGAACAUUUCAUGGAGCAAAAGAAUGUUGAAGCAGCCGAGGAGAUGGCAAGCCUGCUACGGAAUUUAGUACCUUUGACAAGGGAUGUUUACCACAUUUUACUGCAGACAUAUGUUCAUGCAGGACAACCAGUGUCAGAUUUACUUGAUCGCAUGAAAAAAGAUGGUUUUGAGGCUGAUGAAGAAACAGAUAAAAUCAUCGCUGGAAUAUGCCAGUAGAUAUCCGCAUCUUCCUAUCACUAAGCAAUUUCGUUGGUUGUUUAUUUCCCAUGGCAGGUAGCUGCUAAACCAUCCAAUUAUUAAUUAGUUUGACUUCCUUCCACUGCUUAGUGCUUAUCUAAGACACUGUAAUUCUUUAAUCUUCUAUAUGACGGUGUCACAGGGCAGUGGGGAUGUCAAAUAUAUUCUUAGAGUAUGUUCAUUUGAAAUUUGCACAGGUUUGUACUUCUGUUAGGAUCAGAUAAGAUAUGAUGUAAUGCAACUGUUCAGUAGUGUCACAAAUCAGUCUUUUAAGCCAA